AAAAUAAAAAACCCAUAAUUCUUCCUUAUAACAUGGAAGUUAAACAGGAGGUUGUUCGCCCCAUAUCACACUUCCAUCCAAGUAUCUGGGGAGAUCAGUUUCUCGUCUAUGAUGAGUUACUGUCAGGUUCAUCUCUACCUAUGAAGCACGGGGACGGCUGUUAUCAUCGAGUACCCAUCUCAGGGAUGGUUUGGGGACGGAAACGCCAUAGGAUGUCCCCAAACGUUUCCGGGAAAAUGGGGACGGCAUCUAAACAAUUCCGGGAAAGUGGGGAUGGUCGGUUGACGUUUCGGGGACGUUUCCUAUUAUGUUUUGUUUUAACUUUUAAUUAAAGGUGCAUAUCGACCACAUAGCGAGUAGAUAGCGACUCAGAUAGCGAAUUCCAGCGAAAAAUUCCAACUUUGGUGACGCUUUCUACCGGAAACCAGGAAGAAGAUGAAGAAGAUAGCGACGAAUUUAGCCCCACUAUCUUUCACUAGUUUCUAUUUAUUCACUAAAACUUGUAAAAAUUUACAUAAAUAGUGUAAAAAUUAAUUUGUGCAUUUUAACAUUUAACCCUCUUAAUUUUCACUAAUUUACAUUUAGUCCUUAAGUAUAUAAUUAUUACAUAAAAAGUAUAAAACUAACAUUAUAUGUAUAUAUAUAAAUUAUAAAUAGCAAUUCAUUUAUAUUUUUUUGGCCGUACCCGUAUCUUAUAUUUUUGAGUUUUGCUGUUCCCAUACCCCAGUCCCGUGCUACAUAGAUCUCCACAACAAUGCAUCACGGUGAUGUUUUAGACUGGAACUGACAGUUUUUCUGUUAAAUUUAUAUUAGUCAUAAAAAAAGGUUAACAUUUAUUCAAAAUUCAGUAUGUUUAAACAAAAUAUAUAAGUACUGGUACAACUCUUUAAUGGUAUGGUUCGAGAAAUUGGCCCAUGUACAUGUAAGUGUGCUUAUUAAUUAACUUUUAAAUUACACCUUCUCUGUGAUUUGACGACAACAAAAUUUAGCAUGAGGAGAAUGGUACAGUAGAGCAACUAAUUAAAAGUCUGAAAGAAGAAGUGAGGAAAGAUAUAAUGGUAUUCUUGGAUGAGCCGACCAAACAUACUGACUUGUUGAAACUAGUCAAUGAUAUCCAACUCCUCGGCAUUGCCUACUGUUUUGAACAAGAGAUCCUGAAAGCCUUGGGCCAUAUUUAUAGUGUAUAUGGUGAUGAAUGGAAUGGUGGUAGUGUUUCCCUUUGGUUUCGACUCCUCCGACAACAAGGGUUUUAUGUUUCAUGCGAUAUUUUCAACAAAUACAAGAACGAUGAUGGAACUUUUAAGGAAUCUUUAACUAGUGAUGUUGAAGGCAUGCUUGAGUUAUAUGAAGCAGCAUAUAUGCGGGUGCGAGGGGAAGUUGUACUAGAUGAUGCUCUUGCUUUUACAAAAAGCCAACUAGAAAAAAUAACAAAGGAUCCCCUUCGAUGGAAUUGUGCUCUUUCUCUUUCUAAGCACGUAGAGGAAGCACUAGAGCGGCCUAUAUGGAAAAGGUUGCCAAGACUAGAGGCGUUGCGAUACAUACCUUUCUAUGAACAACAAAAUUCACAUAAUGGAUCCUUGCUAAGACUUGCGAAAUUGGAAUUCAACCGGCUUCAAUCUUUGCACAAAAGGGAGCUUAGCCAACUAUCCAAGUGGUGGAAAGAUUUGGAACCUAAAGAGAAUCUACAUUAUGUAAGAGACAGAUUGGUUGAACUCUAUUUCUGGGUUGUGGGUGUCUACUUUGAGCCUCAAUAUUCCCGUUCUAGAAUUUUCUUAACAAAAGUGAUAAAAAUAGCAACAAUUUUAGAUGACACUUAUGAUAAUUUUGGUACUUAUGAAGAACUUGAGGUUUUCACUGAGGCGAUAGAAAGGUGGUCAGUUACCUGCGUCGAUCCACUUCCAGAUUACAUGAAGUUCAUAUACAAAAUACUCUUGGAUACUUAUGGUGAAAUGGAGGAAAUCAUGGCAAGCGAAGGAAAAUCAUAUCAAGUUGACUAUGCCAAAGAUUCGAUGAAAGAGUUGAGCAGAAAUUACAUGAUUGAAGCAAAAUGGAUGAAUGAGGGAUAUGUACCAACAUUGGAGGAGCAUGAAUUAGUUUCAUUUAUAACUGCAGGCUAUAAAAUGCUUAUACCAUCAAGUUUUAUGAGCAUGGGUGAGACAGUCAAAGAAGAAGCAUUCAAAUGGGCCCUUAGCUUCCCCCCUCUUGUAAAAGCUGCAUCUGUAGUUAGUAGGAUGAUGGAUGAUAUAAUUGGUCACAAGGAGGAGGGGAAAAGAAAGCAUGUUGUGUCAACUGUGGAAUGCUACAUGAAGGAACACGAUGUAACAGAGGAGUACGUCUAUGACUUGUUUAAGCAAAGAGUUGAAGAUGCAUGGAAAGAUAUGAACCUAGAAUUGCUUACAUGUAAUGACAUUCCUGUUGCUCUUAAAAUGCGUGCGAUAAACCUGGCACGCGUAAUAGAAUCAAUAUAUAAAUAUGGUGAUUCUUUAAAAAACGUUGGAGCAGAAAUGCAAAAUACUAUCAAAUCUUGUUUCAUAAAUGAAAUGAGUGUUUAAGUUCCGGAUCUUCAUAGAUGGUGAAGAUGUUAGCUGGUCCUUUCGAAGAACGAAAAAUAUGGUACCGAAUAAGACGAAUAAGACGUGAAGUUGUAUUUGUGUUAAGUACUUCUAUAUGUUCAGCAUGUAUUUUUAACAUAUAAUUUGUAUUUUUAAUCCAAGGUUGGUAUAUCAAUCUAUGGUUCAUAGAUUGACAUAAGGUUUGUAUUUAUGUGGUUUUCAAUAAAACAAGUAUCAUGAUUGUACA